GUGAUUGAACCCCGAGAGAAAUAGUUGAGCUAGGGUCCGAACUUGCUGUUUUUUUCUCCUUUUCUCUCUUUUUUUUUUAUACAUAAAAUAUGUUGCACUUGCUUGGUGUCAAUCUACCUGAUAGAAAGCUAGUAAGCACAGCACUUCAAUACUUUUAUGGUAUUGGUGAACCUACAGCAUACAAAUUAUGUCAAAAGUUAUCUAUUCCCUCAACACUAAAAGUAGCUGAAUUAAGCGAGGUUCAAGUGAAUGAAUUGACGAAUACCUUGGCCGGCAUGACUAUCGAAACUGACUUGAAGAGACAGAUUAGAGAGCAUGUGAUGCACCACCGUAACAUUGGCAACUAUAUCGGUAGAAGACAUGCUAUGAGUUUACCUGUUCGUGGACAAAGAACAAGAAACAACGCCAAAAAUGCAAAGAAAUUAAACGGAAGAUGGGUUCAACGUAGAGGUUUUUCAAUGUGGACACAGGUGCAACAAAGCCCUUUGGCCAACUUUUUAGAGAAAUACAUGUAAAAUAAUAAAUAACUGAUCAAGGAGAAGAAACGUCUCUUUUUCUUUAUUUGUGAAUGACU